AACCAAGCAGAGUACACAAAAUGAAAAUUCCAGCAGUAAGAACAGGAAUCCCUGGGCAAGGGAAGGAUAUAGAAUGUUCUGCUGGAUUCUGUGUACAUAACCAUCAUAUAGCAUCUCAACAAAUCAAUGAAUAUUAAAAUAUUGGAGUUACCAGUAUAUCACUGCAAGGGAAUUUUUGAAUUCAUGAGCAAGAGUAAACAUAAAAAUAUGUAUCUGUGGGAGUUUCAAAUAUAGGCUGGAAAGAAGAAUUUUCAUUUCCAUUAUGCAUUAAAGUAAAGAGAAAUUGACACUGAGUACCUUCUGUGUGUGCCCAGUUCUAUAUUGGUGUUCAGAAGCAUUAUCCUGUUUAAUCCACACAAUAGGCUUAAAAAGUUAACUUUUAUUAUCCACAAUUUUUAAACAGAAGUAGUUUGCCAAAUGAAACAAAGCCUAUGAGGAAUUUCUCAGCUACAAUUUGAAUCGAGACGUGUUUAACUUCCAAGCCCACAUCCUCUCCACCCCAUCAAGUAGCUUGUGGAGAGUGGGGGAGAGUAGACCAUACAGCAGAUUUUAUAUUCUUGCUUAUUCGGGGGUUUUUGUAAAGUUCAACAUCUACAUUUAUUUCUCUAAGUUCUUGCCCCCUUAUUUUCCAGUUAACAUGUUUUAAGUUAGGCAGGUUAUGCAGAUUUGUUAACAAGCAUCUUUCACCUCAACUAAUACAAACAACUGGAGUCUUCAGUUCUGUGUUUCCAAACUUUACAUGGUGCAUUAGCUUCAACUUCAUUAACUAUUAACAUGGGAUUCCUUAAACCACUAUACCACUAAACAAGUAAACAACAAAUAACUUUCCAUUUCUAUAGAAAAACCCAUACAUUAUUAAGGUUUAUUUUUCUGCUCUGGUGAUUUUCUAUAUAAUUUAUUUUCUUAGUUCACAUCCUUUCUAACAGGUACUUCAUUUCAGAUUUUUAAGGUUAGCACAUCUUGCCUAUUGUCUGCAGGGCUUGAAAGCCAAUUCAGCUUAAGACUAUACAUCACAAUCCAUUUAAUUACAAACCAAGAACAGUCAAACCAAGUCCUGAAGAGGUAAUUUUCAGGUAGGAAGUAUACACCUUUCCUUAAUCAACAUAGAUAAAAAUUUCAGUAUCUCCAAAUGCCUUUGUUAUUAUUAUUGUCACUAAAUUUAAUUUUCAAACGCAUUUCAACAGGAAAGAGUCCAUAUCUCAUUUCAUAUCCAUCAAUAUGUAAACUCAAGCCUGAGUAAUAUAUCUAAAUGCUAAAAAUGUGGGUGGGAGUAGGAGAUUUGAGGAUGUUUAUAUGAUCUGAUCCUCUGCUGUCUCAGUUCAUUUUGAUCCUUCACCUUCUAAAGCAUCCAAAGCUUAGGAAUAGAUUUAACUUCUCUCCCUUUACGCCAUCUAGUGGUUCUAAAUGGCAUAGGCUUGGUUUUAAGGAAGAUUCCUAAUGAAUAGGGGGCGGGGUACACGAAAAACAUAACGGUUGGCAGCCACAAUUUCCUAAUCUCUCUCCACUUCACCGACUCCACACAAGGACACCUUUAACUAUUUUAACCAUUUUUGAUCUGCACAGAGAUACGCAGAGAGAAUGAAGGGGACUCACACUCACUGCGAACUCACGCCCCUUGACAUUUAGAAAAGGGUUCUAAAUCCUUCCUGUCAUUCGCAAAGGACGGGGAAAGGAGUCGUGGCAAGACCUAGACCAAGGAGACUGACAGACUUUUCGUCAAGUUGGAUAGAUGACGUACUAACCUCCGCAACGUUAACAUCUGGUAUGAACAAAUAAAAAGAAAGAAAAAGAGGAAAAAGCACUUAAAAAUUCCGCCGCGGGGCUUUGCAGGGCUUGCCCCCCAGUCUCCCCCAGAAGACAACCAAUUCCUGCGCGUUCCGCUCCGCUCACCCGCCUUCCCAGCUUCUCUCUCUCUCUUUCCCGGUUUCCCACGCUCGCCUGGAACCGGGACCCAGGGAGACAGAAGCAAGGCACCGGUCCCCGUCCUCCUCUCCUCCAACGAGCCACCGCAGCCCAGCGCGUGCCGCUUCCCUUUGUUCAGCGAGGCUCGCUCUCCUCCCCUGGCAGAUCCACCUGGAUGCUCUCCCUCGGUGACAUUUUUCGCCGGGGCUGGUGGGUGGCUGGGGUGGAGCCAGAGGAGCCCGAGGGGGCGGGGGGUGGAGAAAGGUCAAGCCCAGGGAAAGGCGGGAGACGCCGUUCAUAACCUGCGUGGUGGGGCGUGUGCUCGGUUAUUUAUUUAUUUUCUCCUUAUUUAUUGAUCGCACCAGCAGAGCGGCGCGGGGAGCUCGGGGACAUGCAGGACCACCCACUGGCGGGGAAGCAGCCAGCCGCCCUCCCGCGCCCCCGCGUUGCCGAGCGCGUCCAGCCUCAGUGCUCCGGCGAUUGCCCGCGCCAGCCCCGGCUCCGACCCCGCAGCGCCACAGCCCCGGCAGCCCGGCAGUCCCGGAGCCCCGCAGCCCCGCAGAGCGCAGCUCCGGCCCUGGCUACAGCGGCGGCGCAGUAAGUUGGCAGGAGCGAGUCCCCUCGGUUCGCUUCCCCCGCACCUUUUGAACUUGUUGCUGCCGCUGGGCUCCCCUGCGCCCGGCUUUGGGAAGGUGAAAAGGAGGAGGGAAGCACGGAGGGAUGGGGGAAGGGGAAGCGGAGCUCGCUUGAGCUUUAUUUAUGCUCCCUCGGUGCCUGGAUUCGGCUGCUCGCGAGCUGCUCCCUCUGCUUUUCCUUUUUCGGGUGCUCGGCGAGGAGAAAGUCUCCAUGCAACUCAGCCCCGGUGCACACUUGGCCAGGUAUGUACCGCAGGCGAGGCGCGUUCUGUGCGCAGACGGAUGCUACUGCCGCCGAGACGGUGGCGGCUGCCAGCUCCCCGGCUCCUUAACUGUCAUACUGCACCUGAGCUGAACUUGAAAAGAGAGUGAAGGGGCGAUUGGACGAACGCUUCUGGCAGACACAGGGGUGCUUGUAGACUUAGGAGGAGGAGGAUCUAUACAAACAUCCCCCACUGUGCCCAUCACACAGCAACCCCAUCUCUACAAAUACUGCCCGAGGGGUAGGGGUGGUCACCGGACUCCCAAAGAGACGUGGGGUACUGUCUGUGAUUGCAUCUGGGAAGCUACAACAGGUCGUCUUUUUGAGACUCCUUUGGCGGGAAGGGCCACUUGAAAAAGGAAGGUUUGAGAGAGCCAAAAGGGAAGGUGUAAGUGUUGCCUAAUUAGGCAAAAGAAUACCACUGAGUGAUUGUCCUUCGGUUUUUUUUCUGCCCUACACAAAGCAUACUGACCCCACGUUAACCACGUGUCAAGGAAGAAAUCAAAGACACCUGUUUGAAGAAAUUACUACACCUAAAGUCACCUGUGUACAUAUUUGUACCAGCAGUGGCCUGGCCCAACUGCUGGAAAAGGUUUGGUUAGGUUCUGUUGGGCGUGAUUGUCAGGACAUUUUGUUUUCUAAAUACUUGUCUCUGGGGGAAACUUGCCCUUCUGAGACCUGUGACUUCACCAGGAGCCCUACCUUGGAAUAAGAUUGAUACCUCUGGACCACCUUUCUCUGUAGUAUUUGUUUGACAGGAGGAAGUGGGUGGUUGUGGCUACUUUGACCCUCUAUAGAGGCCUGAUUACCCUUCGGGCCUCCACUUCAAGGCACCAUGGCGGCAGGUGUAGCAGCGUGGCUGCCCUUUGCAAGGGCAGCGGCCAUCGGGUGGAUGCCUGUGGCUUCGGCGCCUAUGCCGGCUCCCCCAAGGCAGGAGAGAAAAAGGACUCAAGAUGCUCUAAUUGUGCUGAAUGUGAGUGGUACCCGUUUCCAAACAUGGCAGGACACCCUGGAACGCUAUCCAGACACUCUGCUGGGCAGUUCAGAGAGGGACUUUUUCUACCAUCCAGAGACUCAGCAGUAUUUUUUUGACCGUGACCCAGACAUCUUCCGUCAUAUCCUGAAUUUCUACCGCACUGGGAAGCUCCACUAUCCUCGCCAUGAGUGCAUCUCUGCUUAUGAUGAAGAAUUGGCCUUCUUUGGCCUCAUCCCAGAAAUUAUUGGCGACUGCUGUUAUGAGGAGUACAAGGAUCGAAGGCGAGAGAACGCAGAGCGCCUCCAGGACGACGCUGACACUGACAACACAGGAGAGAACGCGCUGCCCACUAUGACUGCUCGGCAGAGGGUCUGGCGGGCCUUUGAGAACCCCCACACCAGCACGAUGGCCCUGGUGUUCUACUACGUUACAGGGUUCUUCAUUGCCGUCUCAGUCAUCGCUAAUGUGGUUGAAACAGUGCCCUGUGGGUCUAGCCCAGGUCACAUUAAAGAACUGCCAUGUGGGGAGCGCUAUGCAGUGGCCUUCUUUUGCUUGGAUACUGCCUGCGUCAUGAUCUUCACUGUUGAGUACUUGCUUCGCCUAGCUGCAGCGCCCAGUCGUUACCGUUUUGUGCGUAGCGUCAUGAGUAUCAUAGACGUGGUGGCCAUUCUGCCUUAUUACAUUGGGCUAGUGAUGACAGACAAUGAGGAUGUUAGCGGGGCCUUUGUCACACUCCGAGUCUUCCGUGUCUUCCGGAUCUUUAAAUUUUCUCGCCACUCUCAAGGCCUGCGCAUCCUGGGGUACACACUGAAGAGUUGUGCAUCCGAAUUGGGCUUCUUGCUCUUCUCUCUCACCAUGGCUAUCAUCAUUUUCGCUACAGUUAUGUUCUACGCAGAGAAGGGGUCUUCCGCCAGCAAGUUCACCAGCAUCCCUGCCGCCUUCUGGUAUACCAUCGUCACCAUGACAACACUAGGGUACGGUGACAUGGUACCAAAAACCAUUGCAGGAAAGAUUUUUGGAUCCAUCUGCUCACUGAGUGGGGUCUUGGUCAUUGCUCUGCCUGUUCCAGUGAUUGUGUCCAACUUCAGCCGGAUCUACCACCAGAAUCAACGAGCAGACAAACGGAGAGCACAAAAGAAAGCCAGACUCGCCAGGAUCCGGGCAGCAAAGAGCGGAAGUGCAAACGCUUACAUGCAAAGCAAACGGAAUGGCUUACUCAGUAAUCAACUGCAGUCCUCUGAGGAUGACCAGGCCUUUGUGAGCAAAUCUAGCUCCAGCUUUGAAACCCAGCACCACCACCUGCUUCACUGCCUGGAAAAAACCACGAAUCACGAGUUUGUGGAUGAACAAGUCUUUGAAGAAAGUUGCAUGGAGGUUUCGACUGUUAACCGUCCUUCAAGUCACAGCCCCUCUCUCUCUUCACAACAAGGAAUCACCAGCACUUGCUGUUCACGACGACACAAAAAAACUUUCCGCAUCCCCAAUGCCAAUGUAUCAGGAAGCCAUCGAGGCAGUGUGCAAGAACUCAGUACGAUUCAGAUCAGAUGUGUGGAGAGAAACCCGCUAUCUAACAGCCGAUCCAGUUUAAAUGCCAAAAUGGAAGAGUGUGUUAAACUAAACUGUGAACAACCUUAUGUGACUACAGCAAUAAUAAGCAUCCCAACACCUCCAGUAACCACUCCUGAAGGAGAUGACAGGCCAGAAUCUCCUGAGUACUCAGGGGGAAACAUUGUCAGAGUGUCUGCUUUGUAAGACAAUUGGAAUCAGGUCUAGGAGAAUUUGAGCCCUGGCUGUGGAAAGAAUACCAAUGUGGAAGAAAGAAGAAAAAAAUAAACCAUGUGCAGAUGAAAACAGCAAAGCAAGAAGGUUGGUAGUGAAAUAAAAACAAAGCUUCCAAACUAGAGGAUGGAAAUAAAACCACCAAAUGGCAUUUCUUUAGCGUUUGACCUGUUGUCCAGAGGAAUGGUCUGUGGCCCUUUGGCUUUGUGAAUGAGCACAAUGAAAUGCCGCCUACUGAUGCUUCUUAUGACCAGAACUCUUUUUUUAAUAAAAUAAAUCUUUGAACCUAAUGUUCCAGUUGAAUGCAAAACAAAAAAAUAUGAAAAACAUUUUGAUAAAAAUUUUUCCUGUUAAAACCAUGAGCAUUGGCUAUGAUGAAGAUUAUUGCAUAUUAAAAAAAACUCAUGCAACACAUUUGUAUUAACUGAAGGAAACCAUCAUAAUGCAUGCUAGAAUUCUUUGGAGCAGUGAUCUCAGUUUCCUUAUGUUGUCUUCAGAAUAGGCAUGAUAAACUAUAAUUGUAGAAAGGGGAAUUUCUGUUCACCUACAACAAGCUGAUUAUUCAUGUUCCAUGGUGGGCUGUACAAAUAAACUCCUUUUAGAACUGCAGCAUUUCUUGUGGGGAUGCUCAAUAAUAAAUCAAAAGUGUUCAGAUAGUUCAGUAUUAAUUAUCAUUUCACUUUGCACCUAGAUACUGUUACAACUGCAAUAAGUCAUUGUACACCUGUUGUAUCAGGAAUCAGGAUUUUUGUUGUUAUACUUUCCAGAUCUUCAUAAAUACAGUAAGAGCCACUUUCAUAGAAAAAUUUCUAGUGUGGCCAGGUUUUAGAUAAGGUUUUAAUGGAAAACUCUUGUGUCGUCAAUGUUCUUCAGUAAUAUUCUUUGGUCCACUGUGUUCCCGUGACUGUGCAUUUCUUGUUCCUGUGUCUCUCCAGCACCUUCCUAUUGGGUUUAUCAUCAUCAACUGGACUAAUGUUUUAUAGUUAAAUGACUUUCCUACUUUUGUAUUCCCUAACAGAUCAUCCUGUAAGUAGAUUGUCAUCAUCAAUCCUCUUGUGAAAAAUUAGAAAAAAAGGAGCUGACUCUAAUGAAUUAUCUCUAACUUCUUUGCUGUCACAGGAAAGCGCAAAUACUGGACAUACCACUGUAUGUUUCACUAGAAGAGUGGGCUGGGACUAUCGUCACAGGAUCAGCGAUCCCAGAAUCUCACUUGGUGUAUUAUUUAUUUUGCUUUAGAACUCAAAUAAGUUUUGAGAAUAAUUAAUGUGAAUCUAAGUGCAGAGAUAAACUGAAGUGCUUUACAUAACAAUAUUUGACAAAAGCAUGCCUUCUACACCAUUGGAGAAGGCAGCACAAAUUUAUCUCAGAAAGGUUCCUGUAUAUUGCAAGGAGCUAUUUUCUCCAUUUAAUCAGGAGGACAGCAGUUUGAUGAUGCGAAGUUGAUUUCUAUGUACACUUCAGUGAAAAGUCUCUAUGCUUUUUCACCUUUAAAAUAUAUCAGCAGACAGGUCUGCACAUGACCGUGUAAAAAAGUUUUAUGUCAAAUGAAAUGUUUUGUUCAUUCCAAACCACCAGUGUAAGGAAUCAAGUUUGGCUUCCAUACAUGGGAAGAGUUAAUAAUUAUCCCUCUACUGUAAAGAUUUUUAAAUGCCUAUCCUAAUUUAUCAUAAAAAGGAAUUAAUUCACCUAUUUUCAAGUGAAGCCAGAUAUUCGUGCUUCCCAUUUCUAGAAUAGCUUCUAGAACAAUACCAUGCACACAGUAGAUUUUAAUAAACAUUUGAUGAGUGAAAAUAAGAUAAACUCUCUCUUGGGAAGAACUGGCUUUAUUUCUAGUAUGUCUUUUAAAAAGUUACUAACCUUCCUGGAGUGUGAAUAUUAACAAUUAUAUUAACACCUGCCUCAUGUCACUUUAUGCUUCUAGAGCAAAUAUAUAGUGAAACUUCUUUGAUGGCAUUUGUUGAAGAACUUUUUUAAAAGUAGACUGAAGGAACCACAAUCAGGAAUACUUAGGUCUUCUGAUUCCCAAUGAGAACUUCUAUUUUCAUGUUCUGAGUAUUACAUUUAAAAAAUGCAGUUCAGUUAGGUUAUUUCAGUUGACAAUUCUGCCUCCUUUUCAGCUUAUCAUUUAUCCCAAACUAUUACUUUGUUUAGACUUUUGGAAAAGAAAAAACUUUUUGGUGUUUUAGGUGAUUUAAAAAUAUACUGUGUUGGUGGUGAAUGACUAUUGAUGACUGUGUUAAGUGCAUCUGUAUUGUAAGUGAAAUGUAAUUAUUUCUGUGUACCAUAUGGAGUAACCAAGGUCAUUGUUUUUGACAAUUUUGUUUGAAAUUCAUAUAUCUUAUUUUAAAGGAUAGCAUAAUACCUGCAUUAUGCUGGAAAAAAAUAGACCUUUGGAGAAUACUUAAAUAAAACAUGUGCAUGCUUGAACAGGA